AGUUCUGAUCGGCAUCGGUUGUUUGUUUACUUUCUGCGAGGACUGCAUAGUAUAGGAAUUACCAACAUGAUAUUUUAUAUGCUGGCUAUAGAUAUGAUUCUAUAUUUUACGCUCUUGUCCGAGUUUCCUAUAUGGGCUUUCUUGCUUUUUAAGUUGGUGUUUAUCAAUCGACCGCUGGAGAGGAUUGGUGUUAUUUUGUUGAAUACCGUAGCCAAUUGGUAUAUAUUUCCAUACUUGAAGGAAUGGAUUGACCAAUCGGAAGCGAAAUUGAACUCGGAAUAACGUUCAUGUUAUAAAACUAUAUAUACUACUUAAUAAAGAAGAUAUUAAAGAAGAUUGAUCCCCAC